GACGUCGGUGUGGAUGUGAUCUACGUCGACCUGCAGUGUCUAUUUCCCCGUUGCUUUUUUGGACAAGAGAACCCGGUCAUCAUCAUCUUACGUCGGUUUUUCUCUGUUGCAUACUCCUUCUUCACCCUCCUCUACAUCUUGACUUCCACUUUUCCAACAUGUCUGCUGAACAAGAGACCAAAUCUACUGAAGAGACCAACCUCGGCGGAAACCUCGACGCUGCUGGUUCUGCCUCAGGCGCUGGAAGCAUAGGAGCCUCUGCCAGUUCCAAAAAGUCCGAAGAACGACGGAAACCCAAGAAGCUCGGCCAGAAAGGCUCAGCCAACGGUACACCUCAGAAGGAAGAAGCCGACGGUGAAGUGGACGCCGGUGGUGACGACGAACCGCCUUCGACGCCAGCUCCUCAACCAAAGAUGGAACAACAAUCACGCUCAAAGUCACGACAGGCCAGUCGAGGUCGCGGUCGCGGAUCGAGUCAACCACCCAGCGACACUGACAGUGCCUAUCGGAGCGACGUGUCUCAGAAGGGUGGCAGAAGAAACAGGAAUCGCAACCGAGGAAAGGCCCAGGCCCAGUCACAAGCCCAGACACAAGGACAAGACGGCGGCCUCCUCGGCGGAGGAGGCGGCGGUCCUCUCGAUGCCGUCGACGAAGUGGGCGAGACUGUCAACGGUGUGGUCGACGGCGCCAGCGGCCUGGUCAAUGACACGGCCGGAAAAGCCCUCAGCAAGCCUCACGAAGCUCUCGGCGGUCUCCUCAAAAACAAGGGCGGCAAGGAGGAACAGGAAGGAGGUGACGAUGAAGGUGAAAAUGAGCAAUUGCGAUUACGGCUUGACCUUAACCUUGACAUCGAGGUCCAACUCAAGGCCAAGAUCCACGGUGAUUUGACUUUGGGUCUCUUGAACUAGUGCUUGACGAGAUGCAAGUACCAGCGCCUUACUUGUGUAUCUACUAUCCAUCCAAUGUCGACGAGAAUACCCGAUUGUCAAAGAUUUUCGUCUCGGCGAUUGAUUGCUUUGGAGAAUUUUGUCGGGAGACUGUCUCAUUUUUAUUCAACGGUGUUGAUGUCAGUUUGCAUUUUGAGCUGGCCGGCGCAGAUCCUUUGAUCAAUGUAUGUAAUAAAACGAAC